GACAUGGUGGAAAUACUUUUUAGCUAACAGUUAGCAUGUAUUUUUGGGGAAGUCCAGUAAUGUUGCUGCCAAAAUAGACCAGAAAGCGAAAGUUAUUGAACCAUACUGUGUGGAGGACAAGAGCCCGUACAUCCUGUGACAGGAUGUUACUAAAAAUACUUCUGGGCGUCCUGUGCUGUGUCGGAGCCUUCGCCACAGAGAACAUCACGGAGCAGCGGAGUCCUCCUCAGCUGCUGCUGGUGUCUUUCGAUGGUUUCAGAGCGGACUACCUGCGGAGGUUCCCCAUGCCCAACCUGAAGCUCCUGUACAGCCAAGGGAUCCUGGUGGAGCAGCUCACCAACGUCUUCAUCACCAAGACCUUCCCCAAUCACUACAGCCUGGUGACAGGGCUGUACGCUGAGUCUCACGGUAUCCUGGCCAGUAACAUGUACGACCCCGUCAGCCACAAGCACUUCCACAUCAACAACGACUCCAACCCCAUGUGGUGGAACGAGGCUCGGCCCCUCUGGAUCUCAGCACUGGACUCCGGAUACAAGACGGGGGCCAUGAUGUGGCCCGGCUCCGAAGUGACUAUUGGAAACCGCACAGCGACACACUUCCUUCCCUACAACUCUCAUGUGACGUUCAAGCAGCGAGUGGGGAACGUGACAAAGUGGAUGUUAGGGGACGAAAAGGAGAAAGGAGUGAUGUUUGCAGCGCUCUACUGGGAAGAACCGGACCGCUCGGGUCACAUCUUCGGCCCUGACAACGACACCGCCAUGAGCCAAGUCCUGAAGGAGGUUGACGACAACAUUGGCCUGCUGAUUUCUGAGCUGAAGACAACCGGGCUCUGGGGUCACGUCAACAUCCUGAUAACCAGUGACCACGGCAUGACGCAGUGCUCGGCUCAGCGCCUCAUACAGCUGGACAACUGCCUCCACCCCGACAACUACACACUGGUGGACCUCUCUCCUGUCACAGCCAUCAUCCCACUGAAAGAUCCAGAGGCCGUCUUCAAACUGCUGGAUAAGUGCCACGAACAUAUGAAAGCUUAUAAGAAACACGACAUCCCUGAUAGGCUGCACUACAGGAACAAUGACCGCGUCCAGCCAAUCAUAUUGAUCGCUGACGAGGGCUGGACCAUAGUGCUGCGAGGCGACAAGCUACCAAGAUUGGGCGAUCACGGCUACGACAACUCCCUACCCAGCAUGCACCCCUUCAUGGCCGCGUCGGGCCCCAGCUUCCGGCAGGGUUAUCGAAUCAGCAGCUUACAGAGCGUGGACAUUUACCCGCUGAUGUGCAAACUGCUGUCGGUGCCGCCGCAGCCCAAUAACGGCACGAUGACCCGCGCUCGCUGCCUAUUGGCUGCUGAGAGCUGCUGGGACGUCCCGUUGGUCAUCGGCCUGGUGGUGGGAGUCCUGCUGAUGCUCACUGCUAUCACUGUUCUCUUCAGGUUCCUGAGCUCCCGUCGCCCUCCAGGCUCUCGUCCCUUCCAGAGGCUUCAGGUGGACGACGAUGACGACGACGACCCCAUGUUGGAGUAACCGGACAUCUGUCAUGUUCCCGCUUUUAGAGGUACUUUACAGAACAUGUUGCACUUUACGCUCUGAGGCUGCGGCCUUGUGUGUGUUGUCCAUGUGCCCAUACACACACACACACACACACACACACACACACACACACACACACACACACACACACACACACACACACACA